AGUAUUUUCCCACCAAAAAGCUAAACAAUUUGAUUUUAAUGUGGAUCUGAUUUCACAGUAAGACAUAAUUUUUCUGAUAGAUAAAUACCAUCAUUGCUGUGUCCGAUACUGAAAAAUAAUUAUAAUAAAUUGAAUAUUACUACACACCAUAUAAUGGAAAUUAUUCUUAAUGUCAUUCUGUAAACGAUGCAUUACGUAAGAUUAUUUCAUUUGGAAUGCUAAUUGAAUGAAUUUACUAAUUCCCACUUUAAUUGAUAAUCACAGUGUUAUAUACCGUCGGACUUCAAUUCUACGGAGUUCGAUUCUCCGGACUCUCUACCCGUAUCGCAAGAGUUGAGGUAGGUGAGAUCUAUGAAAGGGGCAUGUGGUAGCGCCAAGAUUAGUUCUCUGGGAACCUCGAUUCUCCGGAAUUCGGUCCCAAGUUGUCCGUAGAAUCGAGGCCUGACUGUAAGCCUAUUUUUAUUUACUCCUCGAUUUCUGUGGAAGUUCAGGGUCUGGAGUUCAGGAGUGGUAUUCAGAAUCAAUUACUAGUAUUCAACCUUAGUGCCAUUGUCGUACUUUGCUACCUUUGGGCUACCAUGUAUUUGAUUUAUUUUCGCCUGCAAUGUUCAUACCUUACUUGAAUGUUACAGUUAUUAUUUCACUAUUUAUAUUACACUAUUACCAGAAUUUAUCCGAUCUGUGAAAGCUGUUGUUUCUGCUAUCACUGGAAUACAACUAGGAUAGAACGCGUUAUUCUACUGCUUACAGGUUCACAUAAAUUAAAGAAGAAAUAGAAAAGUUGGAUUUAUUUAAUUCAUUUUUAUCCACUGUAAAUUAACAAGUAAGUAUUUGUUCCAUGUUAUAACUAACAGUUGUAUUACACAGUGAAGUUUAAAUGUGUCUUUCUCUGUGCCGAAGUACAUAUAAAUUUAAAAUUAGCGAGGAACCAUCAUUGAAUGUACGUAUACCUACCACAACUUUCUGUCACCUAAUCCUUGACUAUUAUCUAACAGUUAGGUGUGAUGACAAUCUGUUAAGUGUCUGUUGAUAUGAGAUCACCUCGACAAAGUCAAGCAAACCGCUCGAGAAACUCAGUGUGUUAACAUAAUCAAUUUUACUUGAAUCCAUAUAAAUAGGCUUUAAUUGUAGAAGUUACCAGAACACACCUUAAAUAUUGGUAUAACAUGUCUGCAGCCUACUUAAGUGGAAAAGUUUUUCUUCUCAUUACCGGUGCUAGUCAAGGAAUCGGAAGACAAAUAGCACAGUCAUUUGCCCCGUUAUUAGGUAAUGAUUCUUUAGUGUUAUUAAUUGCCAGAAAUGCCAGAGGGCUGCAAGAAACGGCCGAUAAGCUACCAAGAGGCUUAAGUGUUCAUACUGCAAGCGUUGAUCUGAGUACUGCUACAGCACAUGAGUUAAAAGAUGUAAUUAAUAAAGUCUUAGGUGCUGCAGGUGCAAUGCAGUUUGAAAAGGCUAUCGUUGUCCAUAAUGCAGCAUCUAUUGGCGACCUUACGAAGUCAACUGUAGCUAUGACUGACUUUAAUAUUUGGCAGGAAUACUACGAUCUUAAUGUAUUUUCUCCAGCAGUUUUGAAUGGCGUCUUCAUGGAAAUAUUCAAUGAUUACUCAAAAGUUCUUAGACUGGUAAUAAAUAUCUCAUCAUACAGCGCUGUUCAACCUUACAAGUUCAUGGGAUAUUACUGUUCGGGAAAAGCUGCACGGGAAAUGUUUUUUAAGGUGUUUGCUGUCGAAAAUCCGAAUGUGAAUGUACUGAACUAUUCACCGGGACCCGUAGACACUGAUAUGCUACAUGCAGUACAUACAUACACAAGCGAAGCUCAGGAUGAGGAUACCAAAAACUUGGUAAAAAAUCGCCCUGUGUUAACCACGGAGCAAACAGUUAUUCGUCUCUUGGAAGUACUCAAAUUACAGAAGUACAAGUCUGGUAGCCACAUUGAUUACUAUAACAACUAAAAUUCCCAAAAAAGUUAUGGCAUGUAUGUAUAAUUACUUUAUUUGAAUUCAAGAAGGAGUAAGAAAAAAAAUUUCUCAUUUUCUUGGACCAUCCC